AUCGUCGGCAAGGUCGGCCAUUUCGAGAACUCCCCUGAGCAGCCAAUUCCAACGCUUGAACCAGAUAACGAUUACGUCGACCUCAUCCGCUGGCCAUCAGCACCUAGUUCACCGAUGGUUCGCUCUAGGGGAGGAUGCUCCAAUUGUAAGAGGCGGAAACGGAAUUGCGAUGAGACGCGCCCAGAUUGCCGAGCCUGCCAAAGGCGUGGCAUCCAGUGCAAGGGCUACAACACCACACUGAAGUGGACCAACGGAAUAGCUUCGCGGGGUCGGUUUGCUGGGGCCGCAAUCCCUGACCUUGCCGCGAACAAAGCGAGCGCCAACUCAGCUACUUUUGAUAGCUAUCUGCAGAACGCCGGAGAUCCACCACACCGCGCUGGAUCACCCUCAGCAUCUCCCGGAGCCGAUAUAUCGAUUCGGCCCGGGGCCGCUCAGAACUCAGACACACCGGGAUCGCACUCUGACAUCUCAUCCUUGGCACCAUCGCCGGGCGGCACUAAUGACCCGAAACGGCAGCUCUUCCAGAAGUUUCUCAAUGCGGGGAUGCACCGACUCUACACCACUGAGAGCUCUGGUUGGAUGAAAUCUCACUUCGCCUCAAUGGCAGAGAAAAGCCAAGCAUUUGCUAUUGUUUGUGGGCCCAUCCAAGCCUACCUGGACGACGGCUUUUCGGUCUCGUCGAUGGAAUACGUCGACCACGCGCUCCAAACUUUCCGAUCGGAACUACAAAGCCGACACAGCUCUUUCGAUGGAUCCACCGACUCUGCUGGCCUGCUUCUCUGCAGUCUGUCUCGUCCUUGGACGAUGUAUCUUCAGCUCAUGGCCGGCUUGUACUAUUUAGAGACUAACUUGAGCCAUCUGGUACCCUCGGCCUCCCAUGACUUCACCAUCCGGCACUCCAUCGAAGUUUGGUCUAUCAUGGACAUGGAUAUCAUGGUGAUUGGACGAAUAACACCGAGCAUGAAUAUCUGGCGCAACUUACGAAAAGUCCAAGAUUCCUGGGAAGGUGGUAGGCUCGGUGGAGUCGAGACCGUAUCGGGACUGCCCAGGUCGCUACUGGACAUUCUCGCUGAUAUGAGGGAAAACAGCGAGAGAGACAUAGAAUACCAGCUCUGGUCUUGGCCGGGAGAGAUUGGUGAGCACGCCCAAUGUAUGCUUUGGGACUGUUGGCGGUACACAGCCGUCUUGCAUGCGAGGCGAUUGAACCGAUGCAGAAAGAAUAAGGCACCAUCGGAUAGUGAGGGUGGGCUGGGACCUAAAUCAGAUGACCUUUCACCGUUCCCGUCAAGGGAAGUCAUCAUGUGUCGUUUGACGGCAUCGGUUUACGCACUCUACAGGGCAGUUCAAAUGCCUGCAAACCACCAUCUUUUAGUUCACAACGGGCUUAUGUACCCUUUAGUGAUAGGCAGUCUGGAAGUACCUAUCCUGAAUACUCAUCCAGAGUGGAAGCAGGUUUUCAACGAUGUACGGUCAUCGUUUUUGAGGAAAGACUCAUUUCGUCUCAUAAACAUGGUUGAUGAGGUCAUCGAAGAAGCAUGGAGGGAAGAGACUGAUACAUUCAACAUAGAGGAAGCUGCCAAGGCUCGAGGUAAUGAGAUCGCAGUCUUUUAA